CUGCAUAGUCAAUACCGCCUGUUCAUAGCAUGUCUACCGGCUCUAAAAAGACGGCACUUUGCUGUCUAGAUCAAUCGGAGGCCUUUAUCAUCAGUUUUUCUUUUGGGAAAAUGACCAUCAAAGAUUUUUCAAUUGAAUAUGAUUCCAUCAAUAGCCAGAAUAUCUUCACAAAUGGAGAUACCAUAACCGGAAGGAUUAUUUUGGAGGUCUCGAAAGACACAACAGUCCAAUCUCUAAUUUUUAUUGGAAAAGGAAAGGCUACGGUUUGCUGGUACGAACAAUAUGGACAAUAUUACAGCCGUUACUACUGGUCUGAUGAGAAAUAUUAUGAAAUCAAACAACGUAUUUUGAAAUAUGGUAGUGAAACAAUUACCAAAGGAAGACAUGUGUUCCCUUUUACCUUCAAGGUCCCUGACAGAAAGAUGCCGUCUUCCUUCAAGUCAGGGACCGGUAAAGUUGUUCAUAAGGUUAAGGCAGAGCUCAAACAGUCAAUGAAACUGACAAAGGAAUCUAAAGCCCACUUUACAUUUGUGUCCAAAGCUGACAUGGAUAUACUCGGACUCAUGGAACCUCAGCAUGAGUUCACUGAUAAAAGUCUCAGCGUCUUUGGCUCCGGAAAUGUCGCAAUAGAUGUUUACACAAGCAGAAUGGGAUACCAGCAAGGUGAAGAUCUCCAGGUCAAAGUUGUAGUCCAUAACCAAUCGUCUCGUGCGGUGAAGCCCAAAAUGGUGUUGUACAAAAAGAAGAGCUUCUUUGCCCAGGGUGAAAGGAAACGUUCCACAAAGGAUAUUCUUGAGGAAAAAGCCGAGUCGAUUGACGCGUACAGCAAAGAGACGGUGAAAAAGGUGAUAACCAUCCCCAGAGAGCUGCCGUCGUCCAUUUUAAAUUGCAGCAUCAUCAAGCUGGAAUACAGGCUGAAGAUCAUCCUGGAUAUCAAAUAUGCAAUCAACCCAAAAGUCAAACUUCCAGUCGUCGUCUUACCCGCCUUGGAUGUUCCUGACAUAAAACAACCACCAGAUCCUGCAGCUGCCUUUGGAUUUGAAGCAUUUGGGAACUCAAACCAACCAACCUGGAGUCAAACACCCCAGUGUAAAACAACAACAACUCAACCUCUGGACCUCCCUCCACCAUAUGAAUCACACGCAGCGUACCCUUUGGGUGAUGCUGACAAAUAUGAAAGUUUUCUAUAAGUCUCCUUCCACUGCCUUCAAAAAAGUAAAUAAAGACAAUGUAACCUGAGUGGUGCCAAUAAACGUCAUACAGACUGAAAAA